AUGCCUUCUAAGAAGAAGAAGCCUUAUCCACCUCCCUUAGUGGUGGACCCCAUCAGCAGCAAACACACCCAUACCUUUAUCAUACUCCACGGUCUAGGUAGCAAUGCCAACCGCUUCGGGCCCGAAUUUCUCGAGUCUACCAAUCUGCCAGCCCAGCUACCAACCGUUAAAUUUAUCUUCCCUACCGCUAGCAAACGGCGCUCAACAGUAUUUAAGAAAAUGCCAAUCCACCAGUGGUUUGAUAUCUUCUCUCUUGAAGAUCCUGGGCAAAGGUCUGAUUUGCAGAUUGACGGAUUGUGCGAGACGGGGCAGUUCCUAAGGAAAUUAAUCGAUGAUGAGGCAUGCCUUCUUGGUGAUGGUGGGCAUCUAAAAGUUGUUUUGGGCGGGUUGAGCCAGGGCUGCGCGGCGGGUGUGUUUACUUUACUUGGUGGUGGGUUCGGAGCUCGUGGGGAUAAAGCUCUCGGUGGGUUCUUUGGCAUGAGUGGAUGGUUGCCAUUUGUGCAGCAGGUUAGAGAUAUCUUCACCUCCCGCACUGCUGCUAAAGACGAAGAUGGUGAUGGUGAUGAGAUUUCCUCUGCUCCUGUGAGCUUUGAUGGUUUUGAACGUGAACAGGAUGGUGGUGAAGCUGAGUCACCUACUCACCAAGCCGUGAAUCACAUCCGCGACAUCCUCGAUCUUUCACUUCUAUCAGAGUCUACGGGGGAAGAACUCGAACCAGCAGCACCAGAACUAUCAUCACUAUGCCAUCUCCGAACACCAAUCUUUCUCGGUCACGGUUCCACAGACCCCAAAGUUUCAGUCCAGCAUGGAGAGGGAAUGUCCAGCCUGCUGUCUGAACAGCUACGCAUGGAUGUUACAUGGGAGGUAUAUCCGGAAUUUGGGCAUUGGUACAAGAUUCCGGACGAGAUCGAUGAUAUUCUUCUAUUUUUACGAGAAAAGGUUGAUAGUUCCCUUUUUCCCGAGAGGAGAUAG